UGCCUCUUGCAGCACGGCGUCGAGGACACGGCAGCAGAAUGCGAAAGGCUGGGAGCCACUGUUCAAGCCUUUGUGGUGGACUGCAGCAAAAGGGAGGAAAUCUACAGCGCUGCAGAGAAGGUGAAAAAGGACAUUGGGGAUAUCUCCAUCCUGGUGAAUAACGCUGGUGUGAUUACAGCUGCCGACCUGCUCUCGACUCAGGACCACCAGAUUGAAAAAAUGUUUGAAGUCAACAUUCUUGCUCACAUGUGG